UUCUCAGUGGAUCUGGCUGUUUUCUCCUAAGGGCUCAAAAUCUCCUCACCAUGCUCUGGGCUUCCCUCAUCGUCCUACUGGGAACGUGGUGCACAGGUUCCAGCUCGCAGACUGUGGUGACUCAGCUGCCUUCAGUGUCAGUGUCCCCAGGAAACACCGUGAAACUCUCCUGCACCCUGAGCAGUGGGACCAGCAUCGGUGACUACUAUGUGUCCUGGUACCAGCAGAAACCUGGGAAUUCCCCACGAUACCUGCUGUAUUACUAUUCGGAUUCCAGCAAGGGCCAGGGCUCUGGGGUCCCUGCUCGCUUCUCUGGUUCCAAAGACUCGUCCAGUAACGCCGGCUAUCUGACCAUCUCCGGGGCUCUGGCAGAAGAUGAGGCUGAUUAUUACUGUUCUGUGAUAAAGAGUGGCACUGCUGUUCUACACAGUGACACAGACACAUGGGGAACCUCCAGCUCCCAGCCUGUCCUGACUCAGCCGCCCUCCAUGACCGCAUCUCCUGGACAGACAGUCAAAAUCUCCUGUUCCAUGAGCAGUGGGGUCACUGUGCAGAGCUAUGACCAAUCCUGGCAGCAACAGACGCCUGGCAGCCCUCCGCGAUACUUGCUCUAUUACUAUAACAGCAUGAGUAGGGGCUCUGGGGUCCCCGACCGAUUCUCAGGGUCCAAGGAGAGCUCCAGCAACGUUUGGUAUUUGACCAUCACCAAUGUCCAGGCAGAGGACGAGGCUGAUUAUUACUGUGCUGUGUGGUAUGGCAGCGGGGGAGUGUCUCACAGUGAUACACCCACAUGGGGAAGUGAGACAGAAACAUCCCCUGAGCAAAUCGCAUCCUCCCUGGCCAGGGUCUGA